CAUCCCACGUGCUGCCUGUCAUCGGGAAAAAGCCCAGCGCUGUAAAUAGAGCCGUAGCUUUCUUCUACUGCUUCUUCUGCCUCUUUUAGUCUCUCUCAUGUACAUGUACGAGUUGAGCCGCGUUGCCGAUGUCUCCUGAGCCCGUACAGCCAGCCAGCUCAUACGCGGAAGCGGCAUCGACGCAUACGUCCCAACAAGCAACCCAAGAUCUUGCUGAGAGGCAUCUGAGCCAAAGUACCAGCGCUAAGCCGAGUGCUGGUGGCCAGGAUGACCAAAAUACCAAAGAGCAGCCAAUAGAGGUUCUGUCAUUGUCUCAAGGCGGCGAGCGAGCAUAUCACGAGAAGGCUAUGGAAGACUCAGAGAUUGACGAGACGGCAGAUAGAAAGAAUAGUAGACUAGGGAAAGAGCUGUCCGACGAGGCUGUUCAACAUGAACAACAGUCCCCUGUACAAAUGGUUGUUCCAUCACCGUCAUCGCCUCCUCCACUCAACGGCGACUUGGCUGCCGUUGUUGAAGAUAAUUCGCCUGAACCUCCCCCGCCUCCCCCAAAGGACGAGAAAUACAUGGGAAAGGGCAGAGGGCUUGGAAUAGGUCUGGAUACUGCUUUUGAAGAUGAGAAGCAUUCGACGAAGGGGUUGAGCGGUCAGCAGCCAAAUGUCCCGUCAACCAACACUCAGCCAGAAAGUGGCGACGGCAUGGAUGAUUCUCAGUCAGAGAUAGCGAGUAUCAUGGAACAGUUUGAUGAUGGCAAGGAAGUUCCUGAUGAGCAGGCAAUUAUGUCUCCUCGGUUGGAACUAGGACAGCCGUUUGGAGUUGCAACGCAACAUCCACCACCUCGGAAAUCGAGCCUCGAACCUAUUCGUACGGGUACGCCGGAUCUGCAACUGAGUUCGAGCCAGACGCUUAAAUCACCACCUCCAAGAACAUCUUCGCUUGCAGGCCCUCCAGCUCCAGGGAGUCCCGCUACGUCUCUCAAGCAGCAAAGCAUUGCAUCUCCACCUGCGGAAGCCGAAACAACUCUUACGCCACAGAUAUCAAAAAGUCUUCCCCCGCCACCGCAACCCGACCCGGAAGCCGACCUUCCCUUUGACUUUCAACGUUUUCUCGACCAGCUUCGCCAUAAAUCAGCAGACCCUGUCGCCAAGUAUCUUCGAUCCUUUCUUCUUGAAUUUGGCAAGAAGCCGUGGAUGGUGCAUGAACAGGUUAAAAUCAUAUCCGAUUUUCUCGAGUUCAUUGCUAAAAAGAUGGCCCAAUGCGAGGUUUGGCGCACCGUAUCCGACGCUGAAUUUGACAAUGCUCGAGAAGGCAUGGAGAAGCUGGUCAUGAACCGGUUGUACACGCAGACAUUUUCGCCAGCAAUACCACCUCCAGAACCGACUACUGGAAGAGGAAAACGGAGAGUUGGAGAGCCGCCAAGAGUGGGAAGGAGGGGACAGCAUCAGGAAGACGUCGAGAGAGACGAGGUUCUGGCGCAAAAGGUUCGAAUUUACGGCUGGGUGAAGGAAGAACAUCUGGAUAUCCCACCAAUAGGAGAAAAGGGUAGGAAGUUCAUGGAUCUCGCCCAGAAGGAAAUCCUUAAGAUUAAGAGCUACCGCGCACCAAGGGAUAAGGUCAUUUGUAUCCUCAACUGUUGCAAGGUCAUUUUUGGCUUCCUGCGCAACAGUUCAUCAGAUCAGUCUGCAGACUCUUUCAUACCCCUCCUCAUCUACGUUGUUCUUCAUGCCAACCCGGAAAACCUUGUCUCUAAUGUGCAGUACAUCCUCCGUUUCAGAAACCAAGACAAACUAGGUGGUGAGGCGGGCUACUAUAUUUCCUCGCUUAUGGGUGCUAUCCAAUUCAUAGAAAACUUGGACCGUACAAGCUUGACUAUCACGGAUGAAGAAUUCGAAAAGAACGUCGAGGCAGCUGUGUCAGCAAUAGCCGAGAAACAUCCACCAGAUGAGCUGGCGCCACCACCAUUACCGGGUGGAAAACCCCCGCCAUCCCCACGAUUGAUGCCAAGUGAGAAAUCCACGCUUGCACGAGCAGAAGUCACGCCAAGGAACAGCAUGGAUGCCGAACAGUCGACUCCCCGUCGCUCUACGUCCCUGCGCGCGAAUGGCGCUGUCUCAAAGACAGAUGAUGAAUCGGAAGACAACGCUGCACUAGCUGUGCUACGCAGCAUACAACGUCCGCUGUCAAGCAUUGGUCGCAUUUUUGGUGACGACGGAUCUUCGGGAUCGUCAGGACCCGCAGGCACUCCAUCCAGAUCCCCUGCACCUCAUUCAGGUGUGAGCGAGAAGAACACGUCAAAACAGCAACCUAGUGCAGAAGAACUUGCGGCGAGACAAGCAAGCGCAGAGGCAAAGCAGGCCAGGGAAAUCAGUGCGAGGGAGGAGAAGAACUUGGUGGAAACACUCGGAGGCAUGUUUCCUCAGCUGGACAAAGAAGUCAUUGUCGACGUGGUGAGGGCUAACGAGGGAAGGGUUGGUAGAGCUGUUGAUGCCUGCCUUGCAUUGAGCGCGUCAUGAAACUGCGUGAUGAUUCAAAUCUUUUCCAGCCAUGUGAUGGCCAUGAUGCAUAGAAUAUGGCGUUGUAGGCUACAAGCAAUUGUGAUUGGCGCAAUAUACCUCUUGGCUUCCGAGUAUCGUUUGUAGAACAUACAGCAGCUGACGAGCAAUCAAAUUUAAGCUCAAGUGCUCCUGGACAUUUGACCUUUCUUCUUGGCCAUAUUUCUGCCCCUUUCAAGCUGUAAGCGGCGAAUAGAGAGUUUUGCGGUCGAAAAAAAAUUCUCUUCGAACAAAAAUGGCAUAUCGACUACAUACUCCCGCUGAAAGAGUACAAAACGGAGCUGCUAAACUUACUGUGCCAGGGACAGUCUGGCAUUGAGCCAAGUUUAGGCCAGGUGAGGCAAAACGAACAGACUUCUCAGCUUCAAUAGGGUGGACGGUCUCCCCCUAGGAGCAUUCGAUAGCCAUAUCGCGAAUAAUUCAUACACCAAAAAUCGCGUCCGACUAGCUUCGAAGCCUCAAAAGACUACGUUUUACUCUGUUCGAACCGCCAAAUCAAAGACAUGAGUCUCCAACCAAACGCUAGACAUUUGGUUUCCGAAGGCGACUGUAUCAAACUUUUGUGACAGCUUCUAUUUUGGUCUAGAAUGAAGCUCCUACUAUUCUCACUGAAAUAUGACAAUAACAUAGGGCCAUUCAUGAGUGAAACACUGUGGGGCUGCAAUAAAGCAACUAAUUUGUUGUACGUGUAUCUCUCGGUAUAGGCACCGGCAAAAUCUUUGUUACUGAGAUUGAUCAACUAUUUGGAGGAUCUGGGUCUUGAAUUAGCAAAAGAAUCAGCAAUACGCAUUGAAACAGAUAGCAUCAAUGUCUGCAAUAACGGCAAGAAGUAUGAGGGCGAUAGCAUCGCAUAGACUCC